AUGAGUGAACACAGUGAGGAGUUUUUGGCGAACACCGCGACAUCCCUGUUCAGGGCGAUUCAAUCGCCCACAGGACCUCUGCCCAAGGAACUCCGGGAGAAACUUCAGUCGCUACCCCGGCCCAUCCGAAAAAAAGUGGUCGAGACGAAGCAGAUUGGGUUUACAGCCCUGGCCAGCGCUUGCAUUGUUGGCAACACUGAAAUCAUGGAAUAUCUUGUAAAGGAGUGUGAUGCGAACAUCGAGCAGAAAUGCAUCGAUUCCCAGCUGGAGAGCUAUACCCCUCUGCGUUGGGUCUGUGUAUCCGGAAAUUAUGAUGUCCUCAAACAUCUCAUUCGAUUGGGGGCAGAUGCGAAGGCUCUGUCCGACUGUGGUUCAACGCUGGUGCUGUUGGCGUGUAGGCAAAGGGAUCAUAGAAUAGUGCGGUAUUUGGUACGUAAAGGAGCGGACGUUCGGAAGACGAACAACAAUGGCGAAACCUGUCUCAUUGCCUGGAUAAAAACGUGUAUGAAUAAGUUUGAUAAUCGGAAAAAAGGAACAAUCAAGCUGUUGCUAAAACACGGAGCUGAUCCAUUCGUUUAUUUUAACGGUGAUGAUGCUCUCAAAAUCGCAUGUCGCAGUGCCAACUAUCAAUUGGCGUUCUAUCUCAUAAACAUCCUCGAUUACACACCGGAGAGGAAGGCCGACGCGUACGAGCUGGUGGGAGCUACACUAUUCUUCAAGUUUGGAUCUUAUUCAUUAACAAUUUUCUGCUGGCGACAAGCUCAUGACAGGCGGCUGGUGGGAGGAAAUUACCGGCAAAAGCGACCGGAGAUUUCUCCUCAUACAAUAUAUGGAAACACGCGUGAGUUUAGAACCCUUGCCGAGUUGGAGGAAAUCAUGGAAGAUCCUGAUGCGAUAGGUUUGCAGGGUCUGUUGAUUUGCGAGAGAGUGUUGGGGACCGACGACAAAGAUACUCUGUCACAAAUGACACGUCACGGUCAUCACUACCAGCUGACCGACCGGAUUCAAAAAUGUAUAGAUCUGUGGAUGUUGGUGCUGCAGAGACAGAUUCAAAAGUACACCAUACUGGAUUCUGAUAGUUCGAGUAUAGCACAAAAAAUGGUUGGUCGUGCAAGGAAUUCGAUUCCGCCACGUUUCGAAUAUGUUUGGAGUGUGUUUCAGCUUUUAGCAUCAGAUGCCAUCAAGACUCAGCCGAUGAUAAGAACCAGAAAGCAGCAGAGAAACUAUGAUUGGACAAUUCGUUACAUAGUGUAUCUAAUGGAUGUUCUGCUUUACAUGACUAAAAAUGAUCAAAAACGUGAGAUGAUUAAAAAAAGCAUUCGGGAACUUGUUUGCAAUAAUAUACGAUGCGUAAAAACCGGCGAAACACUGUUGCAUCUAUCCAUUGAGCAUCGCAUAGAAGGACCUGGCGACGUGACAAAACUAUUGCUGGAAUGCGGUGCUCAUAUAGAUCUACCGGAUCUGACCGGCGUUCGACCUUCGGAACUGCUGGCGCAGAAAUCUUGGAACGAUAUACCCGUGAACAGAUUCAUCUCGCUCAAGUGCUACUGCGCGAAUACGAUCGUCGGAAAAGGGAUACCCUAUGGAGGUCGAUUGCCCCCCGUCAUGGAGAAUUUUGUACGUGAACACGAAUGGCAACGCACGAACCACAAAACAGUGCGGAAACAUAAUUAG